AUGAUAAAAUGAAGUCUGACUGAAAUGUCAUAUAUUUAUAUUUUUCGCUUUCUGUCUAAUUGCUGCGUUGUUUAACUUAAAGUUUGAAAUUAUAAAAGCUUUCAACAUAAAGGAUAAUUUAGAAUAUAAGAAUGGAAGUGGAAACAGAAGGAUCGGAAUUAAAUGCAUCAAAGCUGUCGGGACAGAGUAUUGCUUCACCCAAUGGAAGUUAUAGAUCAAGAUCACCAUCUGCUGAAUCGAAUAAGUCCAGAAAGGAUGGUUCAGUAUCUCCAACUCGGUCCCAUUCAGGAUCAAGAAAAUCACGCUCCAGAUCGAGAUCCAGAUCCCAUUCAGGAUCUGUCAAAGCUACUUCUGGAUCUAGAAAAGGUUCUAGAUCUAGAUCAAGAUCAGGUUCCAGGAAGUCAAGAUCGAAUUCAAGAAAUUCUAGGGCAUCACGUUCAAAAUCAAGAUCUCCUUCACAGUCUGCCUCUAGGAAUAUUUCCAAAUCUAGAUCUAGAUCUCCUUCAAACAGAGCUUCAAGAUCCAGAUCAGGCUCUAGAAAAUCUAGAUCUAGGUCGCAUUCUGCUAGAUCAGCUUCAAGGUCUAGAUCGAGAUCUGGAUCUCGAAAAUCAAGAUCUGGCUCUCGAAAGUCAAGAUCUGGAUCUCCCAAGUCACGAGCAGGGUCACAAAAA